GUGCACUCGUCUUUUGUUGUUCCAUUACUUGACAAUGCAGCCACUGCAGAUUGAGCAAGCGCUUGCCAUCAUACAGGGCGCGACGUCGCUCAGCCAGCUGUCGUCCGGCCUGCGCUCGCUGCUGGACUUUGAGCAUCAGAAACUGGCCGCGUCCCUCAAGAUGCAGCGCCAACAGCAGCAGCAGCAGCAGCGGCAGGAACAGCGGCAGGAACAGCAGCAGCAGCAACAGUCGCUGAUGCAGCUUGCAGAGCCGAGCCUGCUGCUUGUCAAUACUGCGCUCGCCAGCCUCGAUCCCGCCGUCCACACGCUCGGCUUCAUCUGGCUUCUACGCGUCAAGUUCACGUCCGUUGAGGCCGCGCGUCAAGAUCCGAGCUUCAUUCCGCUGCUUCAUGCGGUGCUGUCGCGGGGAGAUGAAGCUCAGCUUCAGUUGGCCGGAUAUCUGCUCUAUGUCAUUUGCGACGUGGUCGCGCUUUACGCACACGAAACGAUGCAGUUCGAGCGAACCAUUGCAAUUCUCGUCCUCGCCAUCCAGAAGGCCGCCAAGCCCGGUCUGCUCACUAUCAUGCAUGUGCAUUUGUCUCAGCUGGCUCAGCUGGCCCAAUGCUUCCAUGUGGCACAUGUCUUUGAUGCUGAUAUCGUCGAGAUCUCCCCAACUUCGACCAGUCUCAAGAUUGUCCAUGUUCUGUCGUACUAUUACUACGUUGGCAUGAUUUACUGCGGACUCAAGCAAUGGCGGCGUGCCAUGCACUUUUUCGGGAUGGCUGUUUCGGCUCCUGCAAACACUACCAGUCUUAUUGCUGUGGAGAGCUACAGAAAGUAUGUUCUCGCCUCGCUUCUUCACUCUGGCAAGGUGGAGGAUUUGCCAAAGUACACGUCGUCCAACGUUGUGCGUACUGCAAAGCAAAUUUCGGUCCCGUAUGUCGAGUUUGCCGCCCUGUUCGAGAAGCUGUCGCUUGCUGAGGCUGCCCUUCUUGUUGCGUCUCAGUCCAGCGUCUUUCUCGAGCAUACAAACUUGGGUCUUGUGAAGCAGUGCAUGGCCUCCCUCACGCGCCGCAUUGUGCAACGGCUCACGCAGACCUUCAUCACUUUGAGUCUGACGGACAUUGCAACGCACGCCCGUUUGAGUUCUGCGAAGGAAGCUGAACAUCUUCUCGUGCAGAUGAUUGAAAGCGGCGAGAUCCAUGCUCAGAUCAGCCAACGCGAUGGAAUGGUCGCUUUCAAAGACGACCCCAACCGAUUCGAGUCGGCCGAAACGGUCGCUGCUGUCGAUGCCAAGAUUCGUCGCUCCAUCCAGCUCCAUGAACAUUUGUCGCGAUUGACUGCAGACAUUUUGACUUCUUCAUCGUACAUUAAGAAGACCGAGUUUGGGGCUCAAGGGAGUGCACAGCACGAUCUGGACGAUAUGGAGGCGAGCUUCUGAGCCUUUUUUUUUUCCUAACAUUUCGAGUCUGCGUGUCGCGAUCGUCCAAGUGUUGGUCUCCGUCUCGUCCAUCAAAUACAUCAUACAUAGUCCACGAA